UAGAUAUAUACUGGGGAGAGCGAGAGUAAACUCGAAACAAUUCUGGGGACUCCAAGGCCCUUCUUGAGAAUAGACAGAUCUCUCAGCUUUGAAAGGAAUAUUGAGACGAUGGAGGUUGGAAUCAGAGACGUCAAAGAACUGGGGGAUCCUAUGCUAUCUAUCUGCACUGCGCUGAAUGAAUCCGGACUAUUUCCAGAUGGCUCCGAGCCUGUGACAAUUACGUGUCACGCUAGAUGGGAAGUCCUUGCGUGCUGCAAAGAAGAACUUGAUGCUCGGUACAAUCUGGAUGAAGUCGUCACAUUCACUGGAAGCCCAAGUAAUGCUCAGGCUGCUUCUUGCAUUGGUUAUAUGCAACAGACUUGGCCACGCACGGGGGAAGCCAUGAUGAAGGCGUUUCAUCGAGCUAUCAGUACCGAGGCGUGUGAAGAAAGCUUCUCGGCACAGCAUAAAUUGGAGAUGAAGCUUCUUCCUGCAGUCCAAGAGCCCGGACAACAAGAAUCGGCCGAUAUUGAAAUCACAGGGUCGCACUCCGAGCUGAUCGAAACAUUGGAGCAACUUACUUGGCUCGCGGCUACCUUCCGGAACCCACAAGGAAAUGCACUGUUACUUUCCUCAGCAAAAUUGGCCUCAAGGCCACAACCACCAGCGAAAAUUUCAGCUCCCGUCUUUGACCUCAUCUUGCUUGCUGCUCAACUCGUCCCCUCUGAGGCUGGAACACCAGGAAGCUGCUGGGUCCCCCUACUUCAAAAAAGUGUUCUAGCAUACGGAUUCCGAAUCGCUCCAAGAGAAGAGGGGCUAGGUCUUGAGAUCCCUUUCCGACUCAUGACCCAUCUGGCUGGCGUGCAUUAUCCCGUCGAACGUGGAAGAGGAAUCUUUCUCCAAGGCCGCCAGCAACGAGAUUUUGAGACUUCAAUGUUGGUUCCGACCAUGAAGUUGAAGAAAAUGGAGAAAGCAAUACAAUGGCACUUCCUGAAGAUUAAAUCAGAUCGCUCGCCCGUGCUCCCUGAGAGUGUUAGUUUCUUGGAAGCUAUGGAAAAACCAGAUUCUUGGUUUCAAACCACGGACAUGGAAACGUUGGCUAACUGUCGCGCAUAUCUGGGGUACUGCGAGGCCGUGGAAGUGCAGAUCGGCACCAGAAAUUUUCGCCAGCAGAUACAACCAUCGAACCUUCCAGAGGCAGACGAAGCCAACAGCUUCGACCCUGAGCGGUUUCGUGCUGGGGCAAAGAAUCUCGAUUGCGCACCCAAGGAUCACGUUUUGCGGAAAAGCCAAAGCGUGACCAUCUCCAACGCUCAACUUGAGCCGCAUCAAGCUCUUAAACGGGCAGCCAGACAGCCUCUAUUAUUAUACGAUUCUGAAGAGCAAAGUGCUUGGUUGGUCUCAGAGCUAAGUGUAGCUCUUCAGAUGGCACAUAAUCGCUUACACAAAGAACUUAUCUGGCCAAAGAUCAGGCAGCAACUGGAAUUUGCAAAACAAGCUGAUGAUGGCGGAGACGCUGCACUAGAUGCGAUACGCCGGUGUAGGAAUGUAGGAUUGCCGCAAGGCAUAAACCUCGAAAAGGCAGUCAGGGGAUUCUUGGACUGCAUCGAGAGCAUCAAGUUCAGAACUGAUUCUCACCGAGCUCGAGGUUGGGAUUUUACAGACCUGCAAAGCUUGAAUAGUCGUUUCACGGAGAAAGAAUUGCCGGAAAGCCACGAAUCAGACCAACGUUGGUGGGAUCUUACUAAAAAUUACUCGAUACUGGUUUUAUUUGGGAAAAAAUUCGGUCAAGUUAUAACGCCGGACAUGUCCAAUGCUCGUGUCUGCAGUUCUUGGGACAAAUUUUCUGGAAAGAAGGGGUUUCUUACUGCCAGUAUGGCUUGUCUUUUUGACCAUAUUGAUACCACAGCUGGAUCGUGGAAGCUAAAUUCUGGGUUGUAUUGGCAUCCACCAAAAGAUUCGGCAUUCGGAAAAUGUGAAGGCUUCCAUGUACAAGAACUCAGAGCGGAUCCAAUAAUCUGGGACCAUGACUCACCUGCAACACCUCUAACACCUCCGCAAAAAGGGGCGGUCGUCUUUGGAAAUUCUUCUCUGAACGAUGUAGGUGAGAAGUGUACUCCACUGGCUAGAAUUCGGGAGGGAAAAUGUGAUAUUCAUUGGCCUCUCGUUAUCACUAUGGUCUCCAUCCUUAUCACGGCGUGUUUCUUUGUUGAAUUCUGAAGGAAUGGAAUGACUUGUCAGACGGAUCUCGUUUAUCGUCUUGGAAACAGGAGGUGGGUGCAGUUCGCUUGCAAUUACCUCAUCACGGUCUACUCACUGUAUAGCCCUCUCUUUAUUUGUUCUCUCCUUGAGUACGCUUCACAUAUUUUAUCGUCAAUUUAGUUAUGUUAGUCCUUGCUGCUGUAUGUUAAGUAUUUAGUAAACUCCACCCCAU